CACCAAUGCCAAUUUCUGUCACGUAGUAUUUCUGCACAAGCUAUUCUAAAAAAGUACUAUGAAGGACCUCCGAUACACCCGGCUGUGGAGACUUGUCUAGACAAGUCACAGAUCAUUAUCGUCAUAUCACAAAGUCAACCAUUGGCCAGCUAUCGUGCCACAUCACUGACCCACACUUGGCGGUUCUAGGUUCGACUUGGCAAGUCUUCGAGGCGUUCUCCAGUUCUUUAUAUCAACUUCGAAUUCCUGUAUUGUAUGGCUAUCAGAACCCUUGGCUCCAUGGCCAGCUGUUACUUGGCGAGGCUCGGUCUCACAGAAGUUCCAACAUUGUGCAGGCCGCCGCAGCUGCUGAUCAAGGAACCGCACCUCGCGGCGCCCGAAACAGAUAUCGAUGGCACAUCAGUCCAUGUACUUACGGUUAUGGACUAUUCGGUUUUUCAUAAACAUCGAUGUUCAGGCACCUGCCAGUAGUACGGCCGUACGGCUUUGCCGUACCGUAACCCACCCUCGUACGUACUCGUGCCACACGUCAAGAUCUUACCUGGUUCUGUCGGCUUCUGCACAUAUCCUGGACCGUAGGUGAGAUCAGUACAUACUCAUGACCCUGGGGUUCGCAGCAUAGCCAUAGCACUGUUCCCAACUUCCUAUACUCUGCUUCCAGGCUGUCACGAAAAAACAGAAGUCAAUCAAUCUACGUCCCUUGCACAUCUGGACAGCUCACACUAGGCUCUAAUUGCAUCAUUGCGCACGCAGCUGUCACUGAGCGAGGCCAAUCGGCCAUCGGAAAUGACACGCUGAUGCCAUCAAAUCCAUGCCAUGACACCAGUCAAGGUCAAACGUGUGUUACUGAACGUAUAGUCGACGAGUGCUAGUGUGCGCUUGGCGCUGAGGAUGACUGAAUGUGGAAGAUGACGGUUAUGAUUUGUUAUAGCUUCUGUGGAUCAAAUAUCUUUCGUUAAUCUGGACCACCUAGAUUCCAAUAAAUAUCACUCGAUUACUAUGGUGCGUGUCACUUAUGUGGUCACCGCUGUCCAAUUUUAUCACCAGGAACAAGCGCGCAAUCCA